AACUGAUUGACCAAUCGCAUGAGAUGAGACCACAUUGCAACGUGAAACUGCCAUGUCUUGAAACUUUAUAUUAUUUUGGAUAGUUAGCCUCAAUCACCAACCUGAACCUCGAACCUCAUGAUCCCAUUCAGGUUGUGCAACCUGCUCUCCAGCCGCAAUGGCCCCCAAACCAACCCCCUCUAAAGCCUCCCCCCAAAAGGGCAAAAACAACAACACCAUCCCUCCCAUCGACCCCUCAUCUUCCUUCACCCCAGAGAGCUUCGAAUCCGAGCUCCGCUCGCUCGCCGCCAAAGCCCAGACGGAGACGUGGUCCAACUGGAUGCUCGCGCAGACGCGCAUCUACCUCAAGUCGCUCACCCUGCUCACCCUCGUGGCCGUCUACUCGACCGUCUCCCAGCUCGCCCUCUCCCCGGUCUACGGCUCCAUCCCGUCGGCCAAAUGGCACGCCAAGCUGCUCAUGGCCGCCUGCUUCGCCGGCUGGUCGUCCAACCUCUUCCUGAACCGCGCCCUGCCCGUCCGCCCGGAGUACCUCCUCCCCGUCAUCGCCCUGUGGGUCCCCGCCGUGCAGUUCUUCCUGGCCCAGGCCAGCGGGACCCUGACGGCCGCCUGGGGCCCGCUGGUGACCGAGGCCGUCACGCUGUUCCCGCUGGUGGGCGUGUCGACCGCCUGCGUGGCGACGUAUCUGGACGGGGCCGACCUGUCGGCGCUGCCCGGGUGGGUGGCUGAUGCCGCGCCCGGGCUGGGGGCGUACGGGUUCUUCAAGGGCGCCGAGACGGUGCUGGGUGGGGUGGUCGAGGGGCUCGUCGGCAAGUCGGUGCUGAACACCAGGCUGGGGAUGGAGCUGGUUUUGGGAGCCGCGUAUGCGCUGGUUGCGCCGUCCAAGUUGUUGCUUUUGGCCGUGCCCGCGUUGCUGCACACGGCGGUCCUGAACACGAAUGUUCCGACGCCGAUGGCGCUUGCGAGGUUGAAUAGUGGUCUCGCGGCGGAGGGGUACGUUGUUCUGGAUCGGGCUGAGUCCAACACGGGGUAUAUCUCUGUCAUUGAUAGCCCGAAGGAGGGAUACCGCGUCAUGAGAUGUGACCACAGCUUGCUCGGCGGUGAAUGGGUCAAGUUUUUGGGGCAGGGUCAGUUCAAGGGGAACCAGGUGGCUGAGCCCAUCUACGGCGUGUUUGCUAUGCUGGAGGCUGUCAGGCUGGUCAAGACACCGGAGCCGAUCAUUGACAGCGAGGCCAACGCCCUUGUGAUCGGGCUCGGCAUUGGCACCACGCCGGCCGCCCUUGUGGCCCACGGCAUCGACACCACUGUGGUCGAACUCGACCCGGUGGUUCACAAGUUUGCCGCUCAGUACUUCCAACUCCCCUCCAACCACACCGCUGUCAUUGAGGACGCGGUCACGUACACCGCCCGGCUGGCUGCUGACGAGAGCGAAUCCCGCUUCGACUACAUCAUUCACGAUGUCUUCACGGGCGGUGCUGAGCCCAUCGCGCUCUUCACCCUCGAGUUCCUGCAGAACCUCCACACCCUGCUCAAGCCGAACGGCGUGGUCGCCAUCAACUACGCCGGCGACUUCGCCCUUCCGCCCCCACGCAUCGUCGUCAACACCAUCAACGCCGUGUUCCCCGCCUGCCGCAUCUUCCGCGAGCACCCGCGCGAGGAGUCCGACUUUGCCGAGUCGGGCCGCGACUUCACCAACAUGGUCAUCUUCUGCACCAAGCAGGCCGACAGCGAGAUCGCCUUCCGCUACCCGAGCGAGCGCGACAUGCUCAACAGCCCGUCGCGCCGCGCCUUCUUGCUGCCGCAGCACGAGGUGAAGGAUGCGGAUUUCCUGGUGACGGGCGAGGAGGCGCAGGGCGUGCUGAGGAAGAACGAGACCGAGAGCUUGGCUAAGUGGCAUGAGGUCAGCGCUGCUGGGCAUUGGACGGUCAUGAGGACCGUGCUGCCGGAGGCGGUGUGGGAGGCGUGGUGAGCCUCUUAAGGGGUUACCUGCAUUACCCCUGAGAGGGUCUUGGUUGGAUAGGGCCUGUUGGAUGUGUGGUGUGGAAAGCACUUUGGGAUAUGUGCUAAAAUAGUUGAAGAUGGACUGUAUAUACUGGUUUUGGACACCAGACUUUCUUGUAGUUGAUUUCCAAUAUGCAUUGAUGAUAUCUCAACA